CUCCGACUGCUGCCUGCUGGACUGCCUGCACUGCCAGGACUGACUCUGCGCGACUGAGGGUACUGUUGCGAUGCCUACUCCGGUAGCUAAAGGGAUUAUCAUCACCGUGUCGGCGCUUGUCGCUGCAGGUAUCGCGGUCUACGAAUCGCCCCAGUUCCGACAAUGGGUGAACAACUCCCGACGGAAAAUCGCCGUCGCGUUACAUAAUCUGGGCGAUGAGAUUCACCCGCAAGAUGCCGCGCCUUACCGACAGGAUAUCUCCAUGACGGAAGAGGUGGGCGCUGCCGCUGAGGAGCGACGGCGGAUCGCGGUGGAAGAGCUCCAACGCCGACGCAGCUUGCUGGAGGCACGUCGUAAUCCUCGAGAAAGCACGCCGGCGAGCAGCUUCGACUCUCUGGUCGAUGAAAGUGGCCGACUUCUGGACGUCUCUGAGCCUCAUGCCAACGACUCGUUGGCAAACUCGACUGCGGUCGAAUUAACUACGUCACAGCCUGUUCAGCGCGGCAAGCCGGCGGGGAACUCGUCUGCCAUGGUUGACAGCGACGGUAUCAAGAGUCUUGGCCCAGAUCGUCUACAAAUUUCUAUCCCAUCGCCUGAUGCUCGUACACCGUCGCUGGUUGAAUUCACCCCGACCUCCGAAGUGCCAGAUAGGCUCGAGGCCUCCUUUAUUUCGCAGUCUGAAGAUGGCGAGCGCUCCGUAGGAUCUGCUGGUCCUAGCACUCGACCGGAAUCGGCGGCGACCAGCCAUACGGAAGACUUUUCCGAGGUGUUGUAUGCUCACCCGGAUGACCAUGCCAACGACACCACUGCGAACGCGUAUCCAGAUGCUAACCCGGCGAACAACCCCUUUGAUGACUUUGAUCACUAUCGCCCGUCUACCCCCUCGACGCCGUCUGUUGCCAGUAGCUUCAGUCAGAUCCACGGGUCAGCCGCGGAUACGUCGUCGGAGGGCACCCUGAGCGAGUUCGAGCGGUCGGGUGCGGCGACCCCGGCCAGCUGGUCGGAGGUUGGCAGCGUCAUCAGCAACGAAGAACACCACUACUUGUAGGCAUGGGACUGGUUGGCUGGAAUUUGCUUUCAUGGACGGACGGCGCUAAUGGAAAGGCGACUGGUGUUACUUUGCUUGAGCCGCUUUGAUUGAUUUUUGGUGAUGGGUAUCGCUCGUAAUUGGUGGAAGACUGUACAUAUAUCUGGACUUUUGGUAGAAACAACGGAAACCUCGCAUCGGAUAGACGCUGCAUACACACCCCUCGCC